CGCCACUACGCAAACGGCGCAAAACUUUCUCAUUGAUUUGAACGCAUACCAUAUGCUAACAAGAGGAGCAGGAGCCAUGUUGUUUCAUCAGAUCGGGCUUGGUUUUAUGUUCAUUCAUGUUGUGUACCUUUCCGCCGUCCCUAUUCUCCUCGACGAAAAAAAGAAAACCUCCACCGCGUUAUCCACUCACUACGAAGACGAGACAACCAGCAGUAGUAGCUCAGAGCCGCCAGAGCCCUGGGAAGUGAACCAACACUUGACUAACCGUUACAUUGAAGGUGUGCACGUCUUCUGUCGUCUUUUAAGUCAGCGCGCUUACAUCUACGUAGUUGCAGAAAUCCUUUGAUUUACCGCUUGUCGCCUUUUAUCAGUAACCGCAACGUAAAUUGCUCGCAGUUCGGAUCAACGCUUUGGCAAAGUGGUUUUUGAACAAGUUGCCUUCUUUUGAAAAAGAGCGGGAUUUAAGUGCUUGUUGAUGGCAGUUUUCCUCUCUUCACGUAAAUGUAAUUAACCUUGUUGCAUGUGUUAAAUAGACAUCUUUUCAGGUAACCUAAGAUUCCGUGAUGGCAGUACUCUUUACCAGGGAGAUAUCGUUUUAGACUUUCGAACACGCCUUCUCAUCCAAGGAGGACACGUCCGACGAAAGCGAGCUGUUAAAAAAUUAGAGAGGUCGCGUUGGCCCAACGGAGUGAUUCCCUAUAUUGUAGACAGAGACUUAGGUAAGAAUAGUUCAUUUUCAAAGUAACCACAAUAACCAGAUUCAUGCCUCACCAUUUUUGACAUUGAGUUUGGAAGAGAAGUAAUCGCUAUGAGACAAAAACAGUACUUGGUAGUAAACACCAAUCCAAGCCAGCUGUCACUGGCCUAAAAAAAGACAAUUUUGCCAUGCUAUUAGGAUUUUUAGUGUAAAUGAAGUUCUUUAAUCCACCGCAAAUAAACCUUAAGCGUCAGAGCGAAUAAGGAUGCAGAAUUCCGGCUGUAUUUUUACUACUCUCCACGACUUGACUGGAAUAACUUAGCCCACGCGACAAUUUAUGUACAAAAGACUUAUGGUAAUGCUCUACCAAAAAAACGACCUUCUUCUAAUGAGUUAAAAUGACUCGGAGACGUUGAUUGCUUUAGAAACCCCACCGUUGUCCAAAUGAGGAGCAGGAAGGGCUCUACAAUUUACUAAAUCGAGAGCCAAAGAGCUCUGUUUUCCUCAUAAAAAGGCUAGGGAUACAUUUCUCGGUAAAUAUGUGUAGUGGAUAUCGGUGGCUUGAGCAAUUAAUCACACGACGUUGUAUGUUCAUUAGGAUGUCGAAGAAGAGAAGGUCGAAGCGUAGACAAUGCCUUGUCAUUGUGUUGCUCAAUUUUCAAUGAACUUUUCGCUGUCAUUGAAUAUUUUAAGCGAUAAAGGGUCGACAGCCUGACUCCGAGUCUACGGAAGAGCACACAGUUUCCCAUUUCAUAGAGUGUGUGUAUGCACGAAGGCGGAGCCAAGUCAAAGUGUAAUUGAUGCUGUAUUCUUCUCUAUCAACAAUGGCCCCAUUGCCGUCAAUUUUAAUUUAAUUACGAUAUAAACUACUUAAUAAUAUGUGCUGUAACUUCUUUUUGUUUCUUCUUUUCUUAGCUCAGAAAACCAAGAAAGAAAUUAGGAAAGCCUUGAGACACUGGAAAAGGAAGACGUGCCUGAAUUUCCGGCACAAAAGAGACGGCGAUACAGAUUAUAUUCGCUUUGUUUACGAACCCGGGUAAGGAUUAUUAGUGCCUCUUACAUUGACUUGAAAUAUUCAUGAAGUAUUCCUCACUUUCCGGUUGCUCUAAAUACUUGCACAAUGGGAAACACACGCAAGCAGCUAUCUUUUAACUGUUACGAAAUGAAAGGGUAUUGUAGAAGCGGCGAAGCUAAGGAAGUGCUUCAGCUUCAACUUUAACAGUUAUAGAGUAUCUCUUUAGAUCGGUUUGUUCCAACAUUAAACAUUAUCUGUUAUGUAAUUUCUUAAAACCGUACUAAAACCAAGUUGCUCAAAAGGCCACACAAAUAGCUGAAAGGUUUUAGCACUCUAAUUUGCGAAGUCAUUAACGCUCCUUCUUAAUGACAAGAGGAGGACGAGAGAGGCCGGAAACUCGAUGACAUUUAUAUCGUUAAUUAACUCAUUCAAGUGUGGUUAGCAAUAAGCGUGGUAACUGGCCAAGCGAUACACAUACCGGAAAAGUAUUGAUCGGAGUGUUAUUUUAGUUUUCCUUCUUGCUUUCAAAGCAAACAGAAAAAAAGAAAACAUUAAUAGCGACUUACAAUGGCCGAACAUCAGAGGAGACAGCAAGAUAAAGAAAUGGUUUGAUUAAUUGCCGAGGCGAUAAAACCGCGUUUGAAUGGCGGACGGCCGUGAUUUGCUGAAAGGGUGUGGAAUUAACUACAAACAAACAUUUGACAGUUUUUCUAUUGUUUGCAAAUGUCAAUAAUAAUGAAACGUUUUAUCAGGACUUAAAAUUAUCUUGUGGCUAUCAAGCAUCGGCUCAUAUAAGCCUAAGACUGCAAAGUGCUCCCACUUACACAAUCCAACAACUAAACUGGCGUUUCGUUUCGUUUCUAUAAUUCGUUUCCUUUUUCUUUUUACAAACCUCUUUAUAACUAAUUAGAGGUGUUAAUGAAUUUUUGAACAGCUAUAAUAUCAAGUUUUUGCCUCCAAUUACAAAGAUAAAGGUGACACGAUAACUAGUCGAAAACAGGCGAAGAAUGAGAGCAAUUUAUGAAAUUACCAGAUUUCUAUAGCGACAUAAUAGUGGCCAGGGUGCAGUUGCUAUUAGACGGUAGAAUAUCCAUCUGAGAUCGGUUAACCAAUAUCCGAGCUCUCUUCCGCGUUCUUGCAUAAAACGAAUCUUUAAAAUGAUACAAAUCAUUUGUGGACAUAUUGGAAACACCGAAAACUUUUCACAGACGGGAAACUUGUCCAAAGAUUUCGAUAAAAGAAGUCCCCUAGGUCGUUCGUACCACCAUUUCACUGAAAUAAUAUUAAAAAAACUGUUUUUGUUUUCAUGAACUGAAUCAUGAGAAAAUAGACGGGGAAAUCAGAUUGAGUUAAUUGUUUUUGCUCAGGUUCAAAACUGAAACUAGAGAUAUUCAGUAGCCGUUUUAUGAGGAUUUUACGGAGUUAAAGACGAUUCAACGACUUUUAAUAUGCUUAAUUCAGGCUGAGUUCCCUUUAAAACGAACUUCCGAUGUCUUCUUUCACUGACUAUAUGUUUGCAACAAAUGUCCCACUUUCGAAAACAUGCAAACUAACAAUUUGCCAACAUAUCAUCUUCGCCUUGUUCCGUGGUAAACAACUCUAACCGUAGUCUACGUGUCAAUUCACUGACCUUAAAAGGACUUUGUGGUUCACGCCUGUCUGGUGGCCACACGAGGAGCGAUUGUCAGUUUUCACGUGGAGUAAGGAAACCAGUCACCUGAGAAGUAUCCCGUCAAUUCUUUAAUUCUCGUCUUUGUAAACAUGGGUUUUUUGCACGCUUUAUAGUGCGGGGACGUCUUUUGACCAUCUUAUUAAGUUAUGCAAAAUAACUGAUAAACACGAUGACUGAAACGAGUCCUUGGCUAUCAAAACAUGCAGUAAUUUACAAGUGUGUGUUCCCUUAACCUCAUUCUGGAUUUUCGCUUCGAUGCUAUUUGUGAGAGAAAUAAAAUGCUGUUGAGUAAGAGUUUAUAAACGCAAAGGUGUCGACGGGCUUCUUUAUUACCGUCCACUAUUGGUAUUGACUUUAACCGCUUGCAGGAGCCCAUAACCUGUCUUUUGUACGAACGGGACUGAAACAUACAAAUCAUCACAUCUACGCUGAUAUUUUGCGGUUAAAAUCCUACUCCGCUAACAGUUUCUUUGCACUUCAUUUUUAUAACUGGCAGAUGUUGGUCUUACGUUGGCCGAGCAGGAGGAGAACAGAAAUUGUCAGUAGGCCCUGGCUGUGAAUUUAUGGGCACUAUCAUCCACGAGAUUGGGCACGCUGUAGGUUUCUGGCAUGAGCAAAGUAGACAGGAUCGUGAUAAUUACAUUCGGAUACUAAAGGAGAAUAUACAAGAAGAUGCAAUAGAUCAGUUUAGUGAGUACCUGUUUGUAUUCUCUUUAGUUUCAAAUGGUUGUUCAUGAGAGGUUUUGAGAGUAAUAAGACCCAUUUCAGAGAAAGUUUUAUUGGUUCUUGGUGAAUGGCUUAUCGUAAGCACAAACCUUUUAGGCUUAACUACUUGCAGUUUGCAGAAAGGAAGAAUUUCUGCUUUAAUCAAUAUACCGUUCUCGUUUAAUUUAAGUUAAGGGCGCAGUUUUAAAGCUGUUUAGUUUGACAUAGUUUAGUUGCUUUUCUGGAGGCUUUGAAGUUUGAAUUAGAUGAAGAACUAAGGGGAUGAUCUUUUUUGGAUUUCUAAUACAGUCUGUAAUUCAUUAUGUUACACGUGGUUAACAUCAUGAUUUGUUAUUCUGAAUAGCGCAUUCAGAGUCUCUCAGCUAAUUACUACAUUGCUUGUCAACAAGCAAACAACGCCAGUUUGAUGGCUAUUCUGAGUUAGAUACUCAGUCAAGGUUGCAGAAGAUAGACUCGUCACCCACUAAACUAUAGGUUAUCAAGGAACAAAGAGGUCGAAAUGUUGUCUUGAACAUUUGGCUUGAUUGUCAGUAAAUGAUUUGUCAUUUGCUAAACUGGAAAAAUAAAUCCUCGUUUUAUUUAGAUAAGAUGCCAAAGAGAGUUAUGGAUUCUAUGAACUACGAAUAUGACUACUUCUCUAUUAUGCAUUACGGUACGAAGUUCUUCAGCAAGAACAACAAAGCAACCAUCAAAAUUCGGAAGAAAGGAAGAAGAAUUGGGGCUGAGAUUGGCCAGCGCAAGGGACUUUCUUGGAUUGACAUCGCACAAGUUCAUGCCAUGUACAACUGUAAUAAAAUACCUUCUGAAGAAUCAAGUGAGUUAACAAAGUGUGCUAACAAAACGUUUUUCUCCUUUACAUUUAUUGUAUAAUUAAAAAGGAGUUCUUAAGAAGAGAAUGCUCGUAAGGGUGGGUGCUCUUUUAUGCCACUUUCAGCAUCUUUUCACAUUACUCACAUUACAUGGAACUACCACAUUGUCUGUAAAUUUUUCAUUCACAACUGCUUCAUUGUCUUAGAUAACUUAUAAUUCAAUUCUUAUGCAAACGUUCAGAUUGACUAUUUAUCAAUUAUUCCUCCAGCCCAAAUGGGCUCUGAGUCAAUAGCCCUUUGAGGCUGAACGCCGAAUGGGCUAUUGACUCAGAGGCCAUGAGGGCGAGAGGAAUAAUUGUUUUAGUAAAAUCCAGCUGGUUGGUAAAAAAUAUCGAGACAAACAACUUUAACUAGCAAAACGCGAUUCAGCCGCCAUUGUUUUGGUUUUCAAAGCCGGCGCUUUUCAUCACUAGUGGGCUAUAACAUAUAGCCUAGUAGUAGCUCAACCAAUAAGAACGCAGCACUGAUAAUAGACCAGUAGUUAGAUUUUACUAAAAAACGUUAUUUCACUUUCCUGCGAUUAAUCAAGUCUUUCUGUCUCUAAGAACCAUUUAAGCAUUGUUCCCACCCAGCUCAGCCUCUGUGCGAGGAAGCUCUCGGGGGGCGGAGAUGGGGGAGGGGAAGUAAUCUCUGCCCCCGGGAUCGCUUGCUCGCAGGCUAUUCUUAGCUGAGAUUGAUUGCUUUAUUGUUCUUUGGAUAGCCGUUAUUAUAAUUAAUGCAACAAUGCGAUCAAUGUUUCAAACAGUGUUAUGUAGUUCUGGUGUUGCUAUUCUUGGGUCUUUCCUUCAUACGUGAUCGAUGAGACGGAAAAUUAAGGUUAUUCCUGUUAACGGCGCAAUUCAUACAGCACUGUACUAUUAAAGAAACCUAAAUAACCUAGUAGUAGUAUUAUUUUUAUAACCUAAAUAACCUAUGUAGUCUACAGGACAUACUUUUCAAUGUUUUAGGACAUUUGGAGAUCACAGAUGCCUUUAACCCUAUACAUCGGAAAAACAGUGAAACUUUUGGUAAACAAGCUGUGAAAAUUGAACUUUUAAAGCUUUUCUAGGGUGCUCUCAGAAAUUGAGAUAAUGUCUAACAUGGAAUUUUCACAUACUCAUGAGGUAUUUCAUCUCCUUUUUUCAGAAACUUGUUACAAUAGUUCAUCGGGAGACGGACGUGAUUACCGAGGAACAUUAAACUAUACAGAGAAAGGUGUCUUGUGCCAACCCUGGAAUGAGAGAUGGCCGCAUGAUCCUAGGGAGAGAGAAUUGGCUCUUUCUAAGAGAGAGGGACUAGGCAGACACAAUUAUUGCCGAAAUCCGAUGGGAAGACGCUCGCGUCCUUGGUGCUAUACGACGCUCAAAAGGCCCACGUGGCAAUAUUGUGACAUUGUGCUAUGUAAUCAAACGAUACGCACCGAUGGAGAUGACACUUGAAACAAGUGCAACUGUUCAAUGACCUAGAAGAUGUAUUGAUGCGUGAGUGCUUGAGGAGCACCUUUGCCGCACAGUGAGGUGGUCCCUCGGUUAGGGACCAUUCCCUUCAAUACAAGUAUUCUUCAUUCAAGAAAAAUAUACAUGAACAAGAAUGUAAGCAAUCAAUUCAAAACGAAAUACGGUAAGGAAGAAGUAGACUACUUUAAUCAGACACGCUGACAGUCUCCGCCGCAAGUAAAGUCAUUGGCAUGUACAGAUAUUACGUGGAAGAGCUCAUAAUCCACGAAAAACAUUUUCAAAGAGACAAAGUUUUAUUUAACUUCAGCGAUAUAAGACAUUGUUUUUGGAGGAAGCGCAAGUAGAAAGAAGAGAUGUUUGUGGAGAGGUCUGUGGAGGCUGCGGUUUGGGCAGUUUUCUUCUGAUUCUCACUGUGACCUUGGGGAGGGAAGGACGUGAUGUAUAAUGUAAAUUUUAUGUAAGGACCGCCGAUUUACAGCUGUGUAAAUGUGGGUGUUUUUAUUUUCUAUCAGCUUGUGCGUUGGUUAGUUCUUACUGCUAUAUUUUAUUGCUGUAGGUGUGUCUCUCUGUAUACGUGCCGAGUUUUGUUUUCCAUUUCACGUAAAUGAACUUCUUUGGUAGUCAGUCAUUUCCUACAGUUAUUAACACUUUUUUAAGGAUUUCGGAAUGUUCCGGAAUGUUCUGAAUUACCUGAGUUUUAUAUAUGAUGCGAAGUAAAAUGUUUGCACGGUAAUUCAACUUACGUUCUUUAAGCUGAAUAAGUUUACGAAAUAUCGUAACAAUCCUUUAAUUUAGAUUCUUCAAAAUUCAAGUAUUGUUGACGUGUCCAAAAGUUUUUCGAACUUUACCGAUUUUCUAUACAAGGUUUGACUCGAGUGUGGCACUUUUGGAUCGCAAGAAUGAAACGCUGAAGUUUUAUUAGUCAUCCAACAAGAAAAUGCAAAUGAAUCUAUUCUUGGCACAGGAUUUGGUGUUUUCAUUAUCCUGUGGUUUCAAUUGACCUCCUAGCUUGCUUCGCGUAGUAAUUGUCUUUGUUUCGGGAUUUGUACUUUUUAAAUCCAAUUUAUAAGCGUGGGUGUGUCAUUAUUACGUCACGUUUAGUUGUGUGAUGCACACGGAAGGUUCUGACUGAGCGACGCUUAACAAGCAUCACGUACUGACUGUGUGUAAGAUGCCUCAGGCUAUCACUGGACUGUGAUAUAAUAGAAUGCUUUCAACCUUAAACCUUUCAACCUGUUCAACAUUCAAAAAUUAAAAUUUUCACCGAAAAUACAUUUUCUUAUGAGGCUUCUGGAUUUGUUUUCAUGGUCAAUCCCAAUUGAUAUUAUUACACUAGAAGGUCUGUUUUCACUGACUUGAAUUCAUCUUAUUGUUUAUCGGCAAUAAUUGAUGGAUUUAACGUGCAUUUUUUUUAUUUAUGCAAAUUAAUCUUUGACAAAGAAAGGAUUACUGAAAAAAGAUACCGAUCUUUUUAUCCUAGUCAAAAUGAUGAAUUGGAUAAAAGCAAUAGCAGAUUGCAAUUUCCCUUUCAUACUUCGUAUCUUUCCUAUGAUGUCUUUAGCUUGGAUAGCUGUUCAUUUCUGCAGUUUUUCAGGUACCUUUCUUUGUUGUCUUUAUUGGAGUCAUUCUAUGACCCUAAUGUUAUACGUCACCACGUCUAAACACGGACACCGCUCUCUUGCAAAAAUUGGGGUGGGAG